CGCGCGAGCUCGCUUCGCCGCGCCGCAUCGCUUCCGCGACAUCGUAUCGCCGCCGCGGUCGCGUUCGCACGCGCCGAUCGCGGUCGACGAAUCCGUCGCGCGCGUCUCCGGGCGAGGGGCGGUGAUCGAGGAAAAGUCUCGUUGAGAACCGCAACCGCACCGCUUCGACGCGUCCGUCGGUGAAUGCCUCCGAGGAAAGCGGCUGCAGACAACGCGAACAACAAAGCGACUAAGAAGACCGAAGGCGACGCCCCGAACGCGCCGGACGCGGUCGACGCGAAUCCACCCGCGCCGUCGAAGGAGCCGGCGACGGGCGUUCCCGCGCCGGCGAAGAACGCCGGGAAAGCGAAGGCGAACGCGGAAAACGCGUACGCGAACGAACCGAAGAAACCGAACGAACCGACGCCCGGGCCCGCCGCGAUGGGGGACGAGCCGAGCGAGGAGCGGAGCGGCGACCAGCCCGUCGUGGAGGACGACGCGACGACCGCGCCGGUGCCGGACAAGGCGCAAGUCGGCGGGUCCCCCGUGUACCUCGUCGAGAGGAAGCUCGGGAAGGGCGGGUUCGGUCAGGUGUACACCGGCCGCAGGGCGAACGCGUCGUCGACGCGUGGGAACAACGAGGCGAGCACGGGCACCGCGAACGCGACGCUGGUGGCGCUCAAAUUCGAACACCGCUCGUCGAAGGGAUGCAACUACGGCCCUCCGUACGAGUGGAGCGUGUACAACGCGUUCUCCUCCUUGGGAGGCAUCAUGGGCGUCCCGAAAGUGCACUUCAAAGGGCGCCAAGGGGAGUACUACGUCAUGGUCAUGGACCUCUUGGGGCCGUCGCUGUGGGACACGUGGAACACGAACGGACAGACGAUGACGCAGGACAUGGUGGCGUGCAUCGCCGUCGAGGCGCUCGCGAUUCUGGAGAAUUUCCACAGCAAAGGGUUCGUGCACGGAGACAUCAAGCCCGAGAACUUUUUGCUCGGCCCGCCCGGGACGCCGACGGAGAAGAAGCUGUACCUCGUCGACUUGGGGCUCGCGACGCGUUGGAGAGACGCCAUCUGCAGCACGCACGUCGACUACGACCAACGCCCGGACAUCUUCCGCGGGACGGUGCGUUACGCGUCCGUGCACGCGCACCUCGGACGGACGGGGUCGCGAAGAGACGACCUCGAGUCGCUCGCGUACACGCUGUUGUUCUUGCUGAAGGGGCGGCUCCCGUGGCAAGGGUACCAGGGCGACAACAAGGGGUUUUUAGGCGCGUUCUAUACACUGGUUCCCAUACGACCGCUGUGCAAAAAGAAGAUGGCGACGUCGGCGGAGGCGCUCUGUCGGUACACCCCCGCGGCGUUUAGGAAGUACAUGGAAGCGGUCGUGAACUUGCAGUUCCACGAGGAACCAAAGUACGGCGCGCUCGCGGCGCUGUUCACGCCGCUGUGCGGCGCUCCGUCGAAGCGUCCGAUCAGCACGGAGGCGGCGCAGAAGGUUGGGCAAAAGCGCAAAGAAGCCGGCAGGUCGCUCGAGGAGGAGGAAGGGCAGCCGAAGAAGAAGGUUCGCCUCGGCACCCCCGCGCAGCAGUGGAUCACCAUCUACAACGCGCACCGCCCGAUGAAGCAGCGGUAUCACUACAACGUCGCGAACUCGAGGAUCGAGCAGCACGUGGACAAGGGGAACGACGACGGCUUGUUCAUCUCCUCCGUGUCGUGCGCGCAAGAACUGUGGGCUCUCAUCAUGGACGCCGGCACCGGGUUCAGCGCGCAAGUGUGGGAGCUCUCCACGCAGUUCCUCCCGAAGGACUGGAUCCUCGAGCAGUGGGACGACGGGUACUACAUCACCGCGCUCGCCGGGAGCACGACCGGGAGCGCGCUCGUGAUCAUGUCCAAGGGGACGCCGUACACGCAGCAAUCGUACAAGGUGAGCGACUCGUUUCCGUUCAAGUGGAUCAACAAAAAGUGGAAGGAGGGGUUUUACGUCACGUCCAUGGCGACGUCCGGGACGCGAUGGGCGGUCGUCAUGUCGCGAAACGCCGGGUUCGUGGAUCAGUGCGUCGAGCUGGAUUUCAUGUACCCGUCCGAGGGGAUUCACCGGAGAUGGGACAGCGGGUUUCGGAUCACGUGCUGCGCGGCGACGCCGGACCAGGCGGCGUUCGUCUUGUCCAUCCCGCGGCGGCGGCCCGCGGACGAGACCCAAGAGACGCUGCGCACGAGCGCGUUCCCGAGCACGCACGUGAAGGAGAAGUGGGCGAAGAACCUGUACAUCUCCGCGGUCGCGUUCGGGCGCACGGUUUCGUGAGCGGCGGCGGGGAGCGGCGCGGAGGAGGGACGAAUAAUAAUCGCGAGAGACGAGAACGAACGAACGGACCAACGAGCGACGAACGGCGACGUUUCUUCUGUUUUUUAAACGCAGCGUUAGACGAGGGGCAUAACAAGCCUAUUGGAAUGACUACACUACUACGGAUUGAUGCUAUCGUG